AUGGCGCGCCAGAAAUCCUUUCCUGAUGAUCAAGACACAGCGCGACUGGUCCAUGAGAGGUCCCCGUUGCUGCCGAAUAUUCGACGUGAGUUGAGUUCGUCAGGUGAGAGCUCCUUGACGUCGUCAUCCAGCGGACACUCGGAUGACUAUUUUGUCCCAUGGCAUCUUACACCUGCAGCAGUUGUCGAUGGUGCAUACGUCGACGUCGAACAAGUCGCGCCUGCCGCCGCCGCCACCGACGAUGUCAAACGGACAGGUCAAAGGGUACCGACGGCCGCCGUCAUCAAGAUUGUGGCGAUCCUGUUGGUCGGAACCUUUACCGCCAACGCCGAUGCUUCUUUGGUGAUGGCUACGCAUCCCACAAUUGCCUCAGAAUUUGAUGAACUGGAGAACUCGAGUUGGCUCUUUGUCUCUUUUGCGUUGGCGGGAGCGGCAACACAGACGCUGUAUGGCAAGCUUAGCGACGUCUAUGGGCGCCGUUCCCUGCUCAUGGUGGCUUACACACUGUUUGCUAUAGGAUGCGCGUUGGUCGGUGUAGGCCGCACAAUGUGGCAAGUAGUUGUAGGUCGAGUGAUAUCGGGAUCAGGCGGCUCAGCUUUAAACGUACUUGGUUUGCUUCUGAUAACAGAUCUCGUCCCACUACGCGAUGUAGCUGCUUGGCAGGCUGGUGUGAAUCUAGCUGCGACGAUUGGUAGAAGUCUCGGCGGCCCUGUGGGUGGCUGGCUCGCCGACACCAUCGGAUGGCGCUGGUCAUUUCUUGGCCAGUCCCCCAUCUUUUUAGUUGCGGUCCUGUUGUGCUGGCUCUUCUUGCCCAAAGAAAAGCACGUUACGAAAGAUGAAGCGGCCUCGGAGGUAGGCCCAAAGCCAGGAGAAACGAGAAAGAACUCCCUGGCAAGAAUUGACUUCUUGGGUGCGACGCUCCUGUCAUUCUUCGUCCUGGCCUUUCUCCUGCCGAUCGAGAUUGGGGGCACCAAGAUCCCAUGGUCACAUCCUCUCAUAUUUGUCUUGUUCGGCGCGGCCGUCGUGCUCGGCGGGCUGUUUGUCGUCACCGAGGAGCGGUGGGCCAAGGAACCCAUCUUCCCGCUGGAGUUGUUGAGGCAUCGCGACAUUGUUCUUACUUACAUCAUCUGCGGAGCCCAGAUCGCUGCUCAGCUAGGUCUCAUGUUCUCGGUGCCGCUGUAUUUCCAGGUCACGCAAAGAGUUUCGAACACCAUUGCUGGCAUGCAUCUGUUCCCAGCCGUCGCCGGCAACGCGAUUGGCGGGGUGCUCGCGGGAUACCUCAUCAGGAAGACCGGGCGAUAUAAGUAUCUUCUCAUUAUUGCUACGAUUGCGUCGUUGAUUUCCUAUAUCCUUCUGCUCCUUCGAUGGCAUGGAAACACCAAUGUAUGGGAGUCGCUGUACAUUGUGCCUGGUGGUUUCGGGGCCGGCCUCGUGCAGUCGGCGGGGUUUAUCAGCAUCCAAGCUGCGGUGAACCCGAAGCACAAGGCGGCUGUGACGUCGGGCAUGUUCUUGACGUUCCAGAUUGGCAUGAUCCUCGGCCUCGCGUCCGCGAGUGCGGUGAUGAUGGAGACGAUGAAGUGGAGGCUGGAUACACUGCUGAAGGCCAUGGAUCUAGAAGCGGUGGCUAGGAAGAAGAUAAUCGAGAAAGCGACAUCGAGCGUCGACUACAUCGAGCACACUGACAGUGGUAUUUCGAAAGCAAUUGUCCAGUCCUACGUCGAGGGUCUGGGGUAUAGUCACGGCGUCUCGCUCAUCUCAUCGAUUUUUGGGCUUGUUGCGGCCGUCUUUCUGAGAGAACAUAAGCUGUGA